AAAAAAACCACACAUCACAAACCCCGCCCAUUCUGUCAUCCUCAUGUCAUUUUUGCAGUCAUUCUAUCAGUUUAUUCGUUUUAUUUCAUUUUAUACAGAUAGGCGUUGUGAAAAACACAAUUAAAAUAAUAAAAAGUAGUUAAAUUAAAAAGACAUUUUUUCCUAACCGCUAAACCCCGCCCAUUUGGUGACCAUUUUAGUCUUGCUUUCAUUCUGUUAGUUAGUUUUUUUUCAGUAAGUAUGCGAGUUGACAAAGAGGCAAAAUUAUACGUGUUAAAAUAAGUAAAAAAAAAAAAAGGGAUUAAAAAAUAUUUCCUGGCUGAUACAAAACCCCGCCCACUCUGACGUCAUCCUGUCAUUCUUACGGUCAUUGUCAGUUUAGUUUAUUUGAGGAGAAUUUGUGGAACCAGAUGUGGUAAAAUACGCAAUCGAGGAAAAAAGGGGAUAUGGAGUAAUUAAAAUAAAUAAUUAUUUCCUGGCCGCUAAACCCCGCCCACUCCGCCGUCGUUCCCGCCGUCAUUCCAUCCAUCCGUUUAUUCGGUUUCUCUGAGGAAACAUGCGUGCUUUUAAACCGCGGGACGCGGCGAUCUAGUUCGUUAGGGCGCGUUUUCCAGGUGCAUUCAAAACCGGACAUCCUUUGAUCGAUAAAGCCGGCGAUCUUGGCCAGAGAUCAUGUCGUACUGCUCGUUCCAGGCGCAGCUCGUGUCCAUCAUGGACAUCGUGGCCAAAGCGGCGGAAGCGGAAAUCAAGCGGCGCGUGGAGGAGAGCUGCGCGGUCAUCAGGCUGGAGCUGAGCCGCAGCCGGAAGGACAUCGAUGCUCUCAAGAGGAAAUGCUUGCUUAUGGACAGCGAGCUGAGGAGGGUCAGAGGACGGGGCAGGAAGAGAGUGUUUCAGUGUGGAACGCCGCAACGCUUUCCUACACCCUUCAAGACACACAGAGAGAUCACAGACCAAGACCAGAAUCCAGACCAGACCCCCAGCGUCCAGCAGCCGGUCCGUUCGCUGGAGGAGGGAAUCAGUUCUCCGGUGAUCAAACAAGAGUCCAGCAGCUCUGCAGGAGAGAACCGUCCCUUGGAUCACGAGCAGCAGGACGUCCAGCAGAUCCAAGCUCUCGAGAACACGGAGAACCCAAAACCAGGAGCUUCCGAGAUCCACAUCUCGCAAUUCCCUCGUUCCCAGACGCCGGCCGGCGAGCCUCCGAGCGCUUCGGGACGCGAGCCUAAAGCCGAGAAGGACGACGAGGAGCCGAGAGUCCACCUGAGGUUCGCCGAGCUGUGGACGGCGUUCCCCGAGACCGCCGCCGCCGCCGAAGACACGGACCCCGGGAGCUGCUCGCGUCCGGCGGAGACGCAGGCGGAGCUCCACGAGCCGGGACGCGCCCGGGAGGAAGCGGACAGGGCCCCGGCGUUCGGCCAGAAGCGCUUCUGCUGCUCGUUCUGCGAGAAGAGCUUCAGCCGCUUCGGGCAGCUGAAGGAGCACCUGCGCAGUCACACGGGCGAGAAGCCCUUCGCCUGCGCUCAGUGCGGCCGCAGCUUCACCAAACACUGCAAUCUGAUCCGGCACGCCGUGGUGCACAGCGGGGAGAAGCCGUACCAGUGCGCUCAGUGCGGGAAACGCUUCACGCAGCGCUCCAGUCUCAAAUCACACCAGAGGACACACUCCAGCGCUUGGCAUCAUCACAGCUGACCGCCGCGCCCACCUCUUAAAGGGCCGGGUCGCGCUAAAACGCUCACUUUUCAAAAACCGAGCACGAUUACGAACGGCGCAUUGAUUCGGUAAAGUUGCGUUUAAUACACAUUUCUCGUUUUUGAACUCGUCCGACGAACACCGAAAACAACCACAUUCUCUUAAACGAUCGUGACGACUCUUAUUUAAAGUGAGUCAUUUAAAUGAUUCAUUCAGGAACGAAACACGAGUGAUUCAUUCAGGAAAUGCUGUCGAAUGAGCUCAAAAACUACAAAUACGUCUCUAAAAUAAACUUCUUUAAUGAAACAACAUCCCAUUUGUAAUCGCGCUCAUUUUUUAAAAAUAUCACACCCCUACUUUUAAAAAGAAGUUUGAAUAUGUCCAUAGAAAUGUCAAUUUAGACUUAUUGGAAAAGACUGAUUUAUAUUCACGAGCGCUUUAGUCCACCGCGGUCAUUAAGAUACCAACAACAACAGCGAAACUAUUGAUAAAAUCCCUGAGAAUAUUAAGGUAUAAUAUUAGUUGAAAACAGAAGAUAUUUUUAUUCCUCCAGACAAGAUCCUUACGCACAGAAAUGCAGCAAGGAGUUGGUUAUAAAGUAACGUUAUAAAGCUACGAGAAGACUUCUGGCGUGAAAAGAACAGAAGGACCUCGUUGUGAAUCUUCAAGAAACUCGUUUGGUCUGAAAGAAAACGCAGAUUGGUUCUUGGCCACUAGGUGCUGCCUUUAGAGCAUUACUCCAGCACAGCUCACAAACACUUUUCUACGCUCCGAAAGAGGAACUUUUGUUAUCUUAACAUGUUGCAAUUUUUAGAUGUGCUUUUUUUACACGUUUGAAAUGUAUUUUCGUAUUUUUAUUUUAAUAUCGGAUGACUUUGUGUCAUUCGUGAUUUUAUGAUUUGUUUGCAUGACUGAAUAAAACAAAUAAGAAGCGCU